UCGACGUCAUUUCCGUUUGGUAAUUCCUCCAAUCAUCUUUGUCUGAUUCCUUCGGCGGUCCUCAUUCAAAGUAUUCACAGGCGACACCCACUCUACUGCUGCAAGCUGCUUUCCACAAUGGCAGAGGGGGAGGAUGCAGAGUGGGAGCUGUGCAAAGAGAACAUAAAGCCUCUGAGACGUGGAAGGAACAUGUCAGCCUUGAUGCAGGCCCUCAACCAAAGCAAAGAUGGCCAUAGCCCUGCCAUCCUCCAACAGAAACAGGCUUUUGAGAUGGAAUUGCGGAUGUAUGACGGAGAUGAUCCACUUGAUGUUUGGGAUCGGUACAUCAAAUGGUCCGAGCAAAUGUUUCCUCAGGGAGGAAAAGACAGCAACCUGAGCACACUGUUGGAACAAGCUGUGACCCGAUUCACAGAUGAAAAGAAGUAUCACAAUGAUCCUCGCUACGUUGACCUGUGGAUCAAAUAUGCAUGGUGCUGCUUGGAACGCUUGGACAUUUACAGGUACAUGCAAGCCCAAGGUAUAGGGACCACCAGGGCGGCCUUCUACAUUGCCUGGUCAGAGGAAUAUGAGAUUCGAGGCAACUUCCUCAAAGCUGACAUGAUCUACCAGGAAGGACUCAAGAUGUUUGCCCAGCCCAUUGACAAGCUUCAGCUGUUUCACAAGGCGCUGCAGACUCGCGUGUCCCGACAGGUGAUGAAGAAAGUCACUGAGAGUGACAGUGACGAUGAGCCCAAACAACCCGAAAGAGUUUCUCUUGCCGAACUCAAAACCAGAGGGAAGAAGGCCGCUGUGCCUAUCAACAGAACUGGACCCGCAAUAAAAAGUGUCUCAAAGGGACUGAGUUUACGUGUCUCCUCCGUUGGUGAAAGCAGCAGCCAUGGCAGCAAUAGUAAGCUGGUGGUCUUCGAUGAGAACAAGGCAUGUGCCGCUCCUUCGGAACCAAAAUCGGAGCCUUGGUUAGCUCCUCCUCCUGCAAGGGCAAAAGAAAAUGAGAAAGGGGUGGACAAAUGGUGUGAUGUCAAGAUGCGGCAGAAGUCCAAGUUUGGUAAGACGAUAGCGGUGCCGCCUCCUCCGCCGAAACCCACAUUCCAACCAUAUGUUGAGGAGUCAGACAAGGCUCCAAAAAUGACACCGUGCAAGAUCUACCCGACAGUGAACAACGUUUUAUCGGCACGCAAGCCCUGCAGAGAAGACAAUCCUCUGACAAGACUGCUGGAGCACAAACAGAAGCAGACAGAAGCCGAAUCGGGCAAAGAGCUGGAAAAGAGCAUGUACUGUAAAGAACUGCUCUUUAGCGGCACCACCGAAUUUUGUUUGGAGGAGCUGCGUGCUGAGCGCUACUUCAAGGCAAAUAAUUCUCAGGCGGUCAACUGCCCUGACAACCCGUCAAGUGGCCCGCAGACAAAUUAACAAGGCCACUCUCUUCACCGUACGGUCACCAUCCACUUCAUUAGGUACACCUUCAAAAUCUAGUGUAUAAUAAGCCAGCAUGCCAAAUGCUAAAAUAUCCCCCCCCCCAAAAAAAAAGGCCCACAAAUCAAAUACACCGAAUGACUACUGAUCAUAGCCACCUGUACAUAAUUAAGUCCUAUAAAAGAGCUUUAUCAGAAAUCACAAGGAUAAUGUGUAGUUUUGAUUGACACUGCCAUAGAUGUGUAAACACUACUAUGUUUAUGAUUAUAUUUGUGCAUUGUAGAAGUAUAAUUCUAAACAUGUAUUGUGCCUGUCCCAAGUAUUUUAAUAGGUAGCUAAAUUAUUGCAAGCGGCUCUUUUGACAAUUACCGUAGUAAACAUAUUGAUAGAUGUAACUCCCUCUGACGGUGUUAACGACAUUAUUUUAAAUUUAAAGGUGGUGUUUUGGAAUCCAUGCAGGUGUACCUAAUGAUGUGUUUGAUUGUUAAUGCAUGAUGUCACUUAUUGUACAUCACAAUAAUAUGUUUGUUACUGUUAUGUUACAUUGUCCACUUAGGGGCGAGAAAACUAUUCAGGCUCUGUUUGUUCAUUUUUUCAUUCAAAAAAGAAAAACCUGUGCAAAAUCUGUACUGUUAAUGUAAAUAUUUUUGUGUGUGGACACAUCCACGCUUGUACUUGCUUCUAUACUGCUUUUACCCUUUGUUCAGUAGUGGAUUCGUCGUAAGUACUGUUCUUGAUGUUUUUCAAAACAAUUCCAGUGUAUGAUAAGUUAGUUGUCCUUCAACAAUGACAACCAUCCUCAAUAAAAUUUCUAGUAGGAGUGGAAACA